CGCCCCCGCCGCGCGCCCGCGCUGCUCUCCUAGACGCGCGCCAGCCUGGCCGCCCGCCAGCGCCCCGCCACCUAGAGCGCGCCCAGCUGUUUCUAUAGUAACCGAGACGGCGCCCGGACCCCCUCCUGCACAGGCCGCGGUGCGAGCAUGCCCAGUGGCAGCCGCUAGUUUGGCUGGGCUCGAGGCUUCCCGUAAGUGGCAUGCGGGAGUCCGGAGGGAGCCCCCAGAGCGGAGCGCGGCGUCUUUGUGUGCAGAGGGAGGAGGCGGCGGCGGCCCGGCCGGGGGACCCCGCCCCGCCCGGCUGCCGGCGGCGGGAACAAUGCUGACCUGCCUGGCCCGGGGGAACUUGCUGGACGUCUUGCAGGAGGGCUUCAGUGAGCAACAACUGCAGGCAUACGUGGCCUGGGUGAACGCACAACUGAAGAAGAGGCCAGCAGUGAAGCCCGUGCAAGACCUGCGACAGGAUCUUCGAGAUGGAGUGAUCCUGGCCUAUCUCAUCGAGAUCGUUGCUGGUGAAAAGCUGAGUGGGGUCCAGCUGAGUCCCAGCAACCAACAGGAGAUGAAGAACAAUGUGGAGAAAGUGCUACAAUUUGUGGCUUCCAAGAAGAUUCGGAUGCACCAGACCUCGGCUAAAGACAUCGUGGAAGGAAACCUGAAGUCCAUCAUGAGGCUGGUCCUUGCCCUGGCAGCUCAUUUCAAACCCAGCUCUAGCAGGAUGGUGAACCAAGGGCGGGAGUCCAGAGUCCCCUUGCAGAGUCACCAGCCCCACUGCGCCACUGCGGUCGCCCACGGAGCAGCCGCUGCUCUGGCCGAUGUGUGUCAUGACAUGUCACGGUCGGGGCGGGAUGUCUUCCGAUAUAGACAGAGGAACAGCAGCAUGGAUGAGGAGAUUGAGAAUCCAUACUGGAGUGUGCGAGCCCUAGUACAGCAGUAUGAAGGGCAGCAAAGGUCCCCAUCUGAGUCCAGCUGCUCCAGCCUGGCUUCACCCAGUCCUAUCCACAGUGCAAAGAGCGAAUCCAUUAUAACCCAGUCGGAGGAGAAGGCAGACUUUGUGAUUAUUCCCUCUGAAGGAAUAGAAAACAGAACAGAAGAGACAGACUCCCCGUUAUCCCGAGACUGGCAACCAGGGAGCCCUGGAACCUAUCUGGAAACUUCAUGGGAAGAGCAGCUGUUGGAACAACAAGAACAUUUAGAAAAAGAAAUGGAAGAAGCCAAGAAAAUGAUAUCAGGAUUGCAGGCCUUACUGCUCAACGGAUCCUUACCUGAAGAUGAACAGGAGAGGCCCUUGGCCCUCUGCGAGCCAGGAGUCAAUCCCGAAGAACAGUUGAUUAUAAUCCAAAGUCGUUUGGAUCAGAGUAUAGAGGAAAAUCAGGACCUAAAGAAGGAGCUGCUGAAAUGUAAACAAGAGUCCAGGAAUUUGCAGGGGAUAAAGGAUGCUUUGCAGCAGAGAUUAGCUCAGCAGGACACAUCCGUCCUUCAGCUCAAACAAGAACUCCUGAGGGCGAACAUGGACAAAGAUGAGCUGCACAACCAGAAUGUGGAUCUUCAGAGGAAGUUAGAUGAAAGGAACCGGCUUGUGGGAGAAUAUAAAAAAGAGCUGGGGCAGAAGGAUCGCCUCCUCCAGCAACACCAGGUCAGAUUGGAAGAUGCACUCCGGAAACUCUCUGAGGCCAGUUACCAACAGGUGGAUCUAGAGCGAGAGCUGGAGCACAAAGAUGUUCUUUUGGCUCACUGUAUGAAAAGAGAGGUUGAUGAGGUGACAGACUACAACAGUCACAACUCUCAAAGCAAUGGUUUUCUCCUCCCACUGACAGGAAAAGGAGCUGCUUCUAACGCCCACAGAGAGACCAGCGACUUGCAGCUUGUCCGAGACGCCCUCCGCAGCCUGCGCAAUAGCUUCAGUGGCCACGACCCCCAGCACCACACCAUCGACAGCCUAGAGCAGGGCAUCUCCAGCCUCAUGGAGCGCCUGCAUGUCAUGGAGACCCUGAAGAAGCAGGAGAGACGGGCUCGGGGCAAGUCACCCAGAAAGCAAGCAGGUAGUGAAUACCGGGAGUCUUGGCCCCCUGAUUCAAAGUUGUCUCACUCACAGAGCUCUCCAACUGUCAGCAGCACCUGCACUAAAGUGCUCUAUUUCACUGACCGGUCACUUACGCCCUUCAUGGUCAAUAUACCAAAGAGGUUGGGGGAGGUGACACUGAAGGAUUUUAAGGCAGCUAUUGACCGGGAAGGAAAUCACCGUUAUCACUUCAAGGCGCUGGAUCCUGAGUUUGGCACUGUCAAAGAGGAGGUUUUUCAUGAUGAUGAUGCCAUCCCUGGAUGGGAAGGGAAAAUUGUAGCCUGGGUGGAAGAAGAUCAUGGAGAGAAUUAAUGCUGAGUGUUAGAUUGGGAGCUUGUGGAACUCAGCUCUCCGUGGCUACAUCACUCAGGAAAGAGGACCAAAACCAGAAAACACCAAGUCUUUAGUUUGUGCUGCCAAAAUGGAAGCUUCUCCAAGUGUGACAGCCACAGACCUGUCCUAUUUCUGUGCCUGUCACAUGUGGUACUUAGAAUACCUGUCCGAGUGUAGACCAUGGGUUCAUCUGGAGUCCCUUGUCCGUGGAAACACGGUGUUUUAUUCUACUCUGAGGACAACAAACCGAAGGCCUUAACCAAUGGGGAUGAACGAUCCCGCUCCUUAAGGGCCAUGGCUGCUAGUAUCUAGAAACUGGAAAUUGGAUCCUGUGUGCUACAGUAUUAUCUUAUUGGCCUCGAUGGUUGUGGCAAUCAGAGUUCCAGCAUUUGUACUGAAGGACAAAGCAAAGGUGCCAGCUUGUCUGCUUCUUUGCAGUGACUGCAAACCAAGAAUAACUCAUGAGGUACCAAAGGUGAAGCCCACUUUUCAGUAAUUUUUUGGACUAGAUGUGGAUGGUGCUGAAUUGUUGACUGGAUGGAGAAAGGGCUGGCCAUAUUUUGCUAGACUCUGUUAAAACAUAACUUAAGCAAGACUUUGGGCUGCCUCUUGUGUCUUAACUGGUUCCACAACUUGCCCUUUUGCCCAUAGAGGAUGUUAUUUCACGGACUGCUAGUUGUCUCUGGGGACUCCUUAACUUUAGAGCUUUUUAAAAAAAAUUUCAGCUGAUGUACUUUGUGUUUGAAAGGCAUAAGGAGUGAAAGGCUCCUUGGGGGGGGGGGGGGGCAAGUCCAGGCAGGUAUGGAAAGGUGCUGCUACCCAUAUCUUCUUGACCUACUUUCUCUUCGGACUUUCUCUGACUCGUGCUAUCUCCUUUGUAAUUAAAAGGAGAGAGACCAUUCAUUCCUUUCAGUAUUUGUAACCUGUGAGUACUGAGCAUGAGUUAACGGUCUGUUCCUCCUCACUUCAAGGUCAGAGCUGUUCUCUGUUAGUCUAGGAUGAUCAAUCCUUUAUGGCACAAUAGAAACCACAGGGCACUGAGCAUGAGUUCUGAAUGGCCCGGCUGAUUCUUGGUGAGAAAAUAACCUAGAAUCCUUUCUCAUGUGCAAUACUGUCAAGUGUAGAAGCUAAACACAAGUUAAACUUCCAAUGUCUUUAAUAGCUUGGGUUUUCUUACUCAUCCACCAAGCAGUAUCAGCCAAUCAGCCAUAAUAUAUUUUUUUCAGUUCCAAAAACCAGUUUGCCUGUGACCACCAAUGUACACUGCCAAACAGAAGAGUCAGACAUAUAAUCCUAGGUUCUUGACCUGUCUGUCUCUUGUUCAUUCUCCCCUUUUUCAACCAUUUCAGCAGACUACCAGAACUCAAAAUGACAUUUUAUUAUUUUACAUAGAUCUAUCUUUUUUAAGCAGUUCAUGUUUGGAAAUUUUUUUUGUACUCACUUGCUUUUUGUCUAAGAACCAUGUCUAUUUUUAUAACUUGAGUGUGAGUUCUGUAUAUUCUCACAUUCUGUCUCUGUAUCCAUUCUUAAGAGAACCCAAGUAGCUUUUAUACAGGCUCUUCUUACCAACCCUUGUGGUUUCAAAACAAAUGUUAUUUUAUUACAGGCAUAUUGAUGACAGCUAACUCCUGUUCGAAUUCUACCUGCCACAAUUUCAGUUGUGGAGGUCAUUUUACAUCAUGUGUUUGAAGUUCCUGUAGUAGAUAGAAGGAAUGCAAACGACACCUUGUAUCUUUCAUCUCAGUUUACCUGAUCUUUUCCUACUCACCAGAAGAGCCAGGAAAAUUCAGUCAAAGAAUAAUUCACUACGAAAGCAAACAGUAUAUUCCCUGUUCCCCCAGACUAGAGAAAAAGUCCUUAUGUCACCAAUUUCUCUGUUGCAUGAAUUUUAGCAUUUUGCUAUAACACAACAUGGUUACCAGGCCAAAAAUCUGUUACUGCAUUUCCCAUACUGUUUAUCUUCACAUCUCUUUCAAAUCAAUCCCCCCCCCCCCAGCCAACAGUUUUGAACCAUUAGGUAUAAUUUUUCAUAGAAAAUCAAGUCAGAGAAGAUUUUCAAAGCCCUCAACUUUGUCUUGUAAUUCUAUGUCUUUUGGGAAAGGAGCUACAUGGCUUCAAUGUCUUCAUAGAAAGUGAAAUCAAGUCCAGGCAAGUAAAUAAGAUAAUUGUUCCCUUCUAGCUCAUUAAUCUCUUAUGCUACAGUAAUGACCAAGCACCUCUGUUACAGGGUGUAACUCCAAUAAUUCUUGUGUAAAAUGUGUUGAUAAUUCAUUGCAGUUCCUAAAGACAGGAGCCUUCUGGGGAGUGUGCUUUGAUUUAUUAUGGUUUAAACAUUCUGCCCUAUGGAGCUAGUUCUGCCUCCUAGUGGCAAGUAUGUGAAAUAGUUCACCUACUAUGGUUAAAAGUCCUUUAGGAAGCUAAAAAGACAGAAUGUAUAGAGUUCAUAAAAUAAUCUCUAAACCUGUGAAAUUAAAAAAAAAAAGUCACCUAAAAUAAGUUUAAUAGCUCAGUUCUUUAAAAAAAUCUUCAUUUAAAAACUAAGGAUUAUUCUUGUUAUCUAUUAAAUUAGCUGGAACUGGAAUACUUUACAAUUUGUACCUAAAGAAUUUAAGAUUCAGUUGACUUGGUAAUGGUAACCCUACUUACUGACUAGUUUUUCAGCUCUUUUUAACAAGAAGACUGUAAACUAAGGAAAGUACCUUUAUGCUCUACAUCAAAUCCAAAGGGACCCUAAAUCAGUCACAAUAUAAUUAUCUUCCACAAAAUGAGCAUUACAAUUGCAUACUCCUCUUGUCAGAAUUUAUGUUAAGAAGUAUAGCUUGCUUAAAAUAUAUAUGUAAAGUUUUAUUUUCUUAGAAACACGAGUGUUUGCAACCAUUGCUUUCAAAGAGAUUAUUGCCAUGUAUACUGUUUUGCAAUAUGUUUCCAUGAAGACUGUUACCAGAGGCUUCUGAUUAUCUAAAGGAUAACCAGUUCUAACUGCCUGUAUGCACCACAUUUAUGACCUAAUUAAAAAAACAAACGGAAUAAAAUGGAGUUUGCAAACUGAAUGCCAUUAAUCAUUUUCACAUAUGUUUAUUGACGGAAAUGAAUCAAUAAAGCUAUUUACAUCUAGUGAAAGUCAA